UCUUGCUCAUAGUGCGGGGCGGGAAACAGCCUCAACCCCUGACAAGGCUCCUGAUUGCUUGUAUGGUUGGCAGGCUGGUGGGUGAUCUCUGCCCUGUCCCACAACCCCAAGCCUCCAGGUAAAGCAGCUCUUCCCUUUGCCUGGGUCUCCACCCAGCUUCCAGCCACCCCUCCCUGCCUCCUCUGGCUGAGAGCUGGGGAGGGCUAGGGGCAGCAGCAGUGUCCAGGAAAUGAAGCAGGAAACCUGAGCCAGCGCAGCUAAAGAGAAGCUGUCUGUGUGGCAGGGUCCCCCUGCAUCUGUAAUUAUCCAGCAACAUAGCAAAGCCCCUCCCCAUCUCGCCUCACAUCUGUAUCUAAGCUGCUGGAGCAAUGGAGCUCAGGACUAUGGUAGCGACUGUGGAAAGCAGGGAGCAAGACACAGUCCUCAAGGUGCUGCAGAUCUACAAUCAGGAGAAGUCUCAGUGCUUCACAUUUGAAGAUCAUGAGCGGGAGGAGAGGAAGAAACUGGCACAGCUGCUGAUCAAGUUCUUGGAGAGGGAGCUCCAGCCAGCUUGCCAAGUCACGUGUUUGGAAAGCAUCCGCAUCCUCUCCCGGGACAAACACUGCCUUGACCCCUUCACUACCAGGGAAGGCCUGAAGACCCUGGCCAGACAUGCUGGUAUUGACUACUCGGAGGAGGUCAUUCAGGAGAUCCCAGACCUGGAUGUCAUCCUGGAGGCCCUCAAGUGCCUCUGCAAUAUUGUCUUCAGCAGCCGUCUUGCACAAGAGCUGACAGCUGAGGCCCGGCUUGUGGUAGGCCUGACUGAGCGCAUUAAACUCUACAAUGAGAAGAAACUCCCCCAUGAAGUUAAGUUCUUUGAUCUGCGUCUUCUGUUCCUGCUGACAGCCCUGAGAGUGGACAUCCGGCAACAGCUAGCCCAGGAGCUCAGGGGAAUCAGCCUGAUGACAGACACCCUGGAGUUGACACUAGGGGUGAAGUGGUUGGACCCUUAUGAGGUAUCUACUGAGGGGAGCCUUCCUCCACCCUUGCCUCGCCAGGAGACAGAGCGUGCUAUGGAGAUCCUCAAGGUGCUCUUCAAUAUCACAUUUGACUCCAGCAAGAGGGAGGUGGAUGAGGAAGAUGCUGCUCUGUACAGACACCUGGGUGCUCUCCUUCGUCACUGCUUGAUGAUUUCAGCUGAUGGAGAAGAUAGGACAGAGGAAUUUCACAGCCACACAGUUAACCUGUUGGGCAACUUGCCGCUGAAGUGCCUGGAUGUCCUACUAACUCCUAAGGUCCGGCCAGGCUCACUUGAGUACAUGGGUGUCAACAUGGAUGCAGUCAGCGUCCUGCUAGAUUUCCUUGAACGACGUCUUGACAGGGGCCAUAAGCUGAAGGAAAGUCUGACCCCUGUGCUGAACCUGCUGACUGAGAGUGCCCGUGCCCACCGCCAGACAAGGAAGUUCCUCAAAGCGAAGGUGCUGCCUCCUCUCCGGGAUGUGAAGAACCGCCCUGAGGUGGGGAACUUGCUGCGGAACAAGCUUGUGCGCCUGAUGACUCACAUUGACACUGAUGUAAAGCACUGUGCGGCUGAGUUCCUCUUUGUACUCUGCAAGGAGAGUGUGUCACGGUUUGUGAAGUACACAGGGUAUGGAAAUGCAGCAGGGCUCCUGGCAGCACGAGGCCUCAUGGCAGGGGGCCGGGAAGAGGGAGAAUAUUCUGAGGAUGAAGACACUGAUACAGAAGAAUACAAGGAGGCUAAGCCCAACAUUAACCCAGUGACAGGACGUGUGGAAGAAAAACUCCCCAACCCCAUGGAAGGGAUGACUGAGGAGCAGAAGGAGUAUGAAGCCAUGAAGCUGGUUAACAUGUUUGACAAGCUGUCCAGACAGCAAGUCAUCCAGCCGAUGGGGAUUAGUCCAAGUGGCAACCUUACCCCUCUGGAGAAUGUUGUGCAUGAGAUGGCUGAGGAGAGGUCGUCAUCUGACUCUGACCGGGGGCUAGACUGAUCCGGACCUAUCCGUCUCCCCCCAGGACUGUGGACCCUCCACUUUCCAUCCAGAACUGGUGCUGCAUUUGGCGAUUUGGCACCGGGCAAGGGACACAACCCAUGGGAUCUGAAUCGGGGCUGCCUCCCCACUGCCCUGGGAGGGUAAUAACUAUCCCCUCCCUAGUCCUGCAGCCACCUCUCCUUCCCCAAAGAGCUCCCCACAGCUUGGUUCCAUCCUGGUUUCUCUUCCUUUUAUGCCCAUAAGGAUAUCAUACUCCAGCCCACUCCUAGGAUUUUCCACUAGGACUUUUUAUAAGAGAAUUUUUGGGAGGGGAGGAGAUAUCUUAUCACAUCCACGGGGUUCAAUAGCAUGUGAAGCAUUGUCUGUACUGACACUUGGGUUGGGUAUAUGACUUUGCGUGCAUCUCUGUGUUGACAAGUGGGAGCACUGUUUGCAUGUAAGCAAGACACAUGCAACGUGAAUGUGGAAGGGCCUGUCUGAGAACAUAGGUUGGAACUGGGGAAAAAACAGGUGUGUGUGAACAUGUGUGCACAAGCAGAGAGCAUGACUGAGAUGUAUAGUGUACAGAAGUGUAUGCGCCUGGUGAGGCUGUGUCUCUAUGCGUGUGGAGUGAGUGCCAUUGUGCAUGUACAGCUAGAGCCAUGUGUGAAGCGUAAACAUAUGGAUGUAAUGUGUGUGUGGGCACAGAACAUGUGCCAGUGACUGGUGUCUGAUGAAAUGACCUGGUAGGGACAUGUGAUAUUUAGAUGUGUGUGUUGGAGCUCCUGUUAGGGUACACAUGCACAUUUGGUGUGGAAGCAUAUUAUAUUGUAUUAAUACAGAUCUUAUCUGAAGCUUUCAGUGCUCACACUGAUUGCAGGGCUGACAUCUGCAGAUGACUCUUUGCCAGAAAUGCUCUGAUUUUUAGUCCAUGGCACUGUGUAGUGCUCCUGUUACCACCAGAUAGUAGUUUUCUGGAUUAACCCCUCCCUUAGCUCUUUCUGAGUGGGAGACCACAUCCCACACUUAGUUGCCUGCUGAACCAUUUGCUUCAGCUUCCACCUAUCCAUAGCUCUUUGAACUCACAGGCUGGUAUCAAAGUCCAUCCAUCACUAACGCUUAGACUUCUCUGUUCUCACAAAGGAAAACAAUCCUCUGGUUUGUCUUGUGUACCAAACAUUUUGAAACUUAUUAGCAUAAAUAAAAAUGGAAGAAUUCCACUAGAAUAAAGAAAUCAAUGUACUCAUUUGUGGGAAGGUUGAUUCAUCUGAGUGUCGCAACUUGAAGCAAAUGAAAAGGCAGUCAGUGUUCCUGAGAAGUUUAAAGUUUAUUCCAAAAUAAAGUACUAUACCAAAAAGAGUUAAAGCUGAAGCUAUUAAUAGACCUUAAGUGACAAUAAGAACAAAAAAGCUUAAUUGAAUGGUGUAAUUUGAAAUAAAGCAUCUGAGCUUCAGGAACCUCAUUCCCCAAAUCACCUUAGCUCUGCCACAUUGUACCUCAUAAUGUGUACUAGAAUUCGUAGGACCAUAAAAUGAUUUUUGGCUAUUUUUCAAA